AUGGCUUCUCAAAGUGAGAAUAUUCGAAUAAAAUCAGGCAAAUAUCUGGCUGAACCUGAGCAAGGCGAAGAGGUAGUGAUUUCUGGCUUGUCUGGUAGAUAUCCUGAAUCAAGAAAUGUACAUGAAUUCCGAGAUAAUUUAUUUAAUAAGACUGAUAUGGUGACUGACGAUAAUCGCAGGUGGAAACCGAACCAUCCAGAAAUUCCUCAACGCACUGGAAAAUUAUACGAUAUCGAAAAAUUUGACUCAAGUUUUUUUGGUAUACAUUAUCGCCAACCAAACGAAAUGGACCCGUUAUGUAGAAUAUCUUUGGAAGUUGUUAUAGAGGCUAUAUUAGAUGCUGGACUUAAUCCCGUUGAUUUACAAGGAACAAAAACUGGAGUUUUUAUUGGAGCUCACUUUAGCGAAAGUGAAGUGUCUUUGUAUUCCAACGUGAACAAAAACAAACCUAAUACCUUUGUUAUAACUGGAGCUGGCCGAGUGAUGAUUUCAAACCGUAUCAGUUAUUAUCUGAAAUUGAAGGGUCCAUCUAUGGUCUGCGAUACCGCAUGCAGUAGCUCAUUGCAUGCUCUAGAGCAUGCUUACAGAGCUAUAAGAAAUGGAGAGUGUGAAAAUGCUAUUGUAGUAGCAGCAUCGCUUUGUUUGUGGCCAACAGUUUCUUUACAGUUUUACAGAUUAGGUGCCAUUGCUAUGGACGGAAAAUGCAAAGUUUUUGACAAUUCUGGUAACGGAUAUGCCAGAUCUGAAGCAAUUAGCGCCAUCUUUCUGCAAAAGUCGAAAGAAGCCAAACGAAUUUACGCUACAGUGCUACAUGCGAAAACAAAUUGUGAUGGGUUUAAGGAUUCAGGAAUCACGUUUCCAUCUAGGAGUAUGCAAAUGAAACUAUUAAAAGAAUUAUACGAAGAAUGUCAAUCGGUUAAACCGUACGACCUAAGUUACCUCGAAGCACAUGGAACGGGGACUAAAGUGGGCGAUCCAGAAGAAUUACAAGCCAUCGAGGAAGUGUUUUUACCUGAAAGAAAGAGUCCUCUUCUUAUUGGAUCGGUUAAGUCCAACAUUGGGCAUUCAGAACCGUCGACAGGAUUGUCCUCCAUUGCAAAGGUAAUUAUAGGAUACGAAACUGGGUACAUAGCACCUAAUCUACACUUUAGAACUCCUAGGGAAGGUAUAAAGUCGCUAAUGGAUGGUAGGUUGAAAGUAGUUACAGAUAAAACGGAAUUUAAGGAUGACAGAUGCUUAGUAGGAAUCAACAGCUUUGGAUUAGGAGGUGCUAAUUGUCACAUACUACUCCAACCAAAUACUAAGAAAAAAGUAAACCAGGGUAGACCAUCUGACAAUAUACCUAGAUUGAUUUGUGCUAGUGGUAGGACGCCCAAUGCAGUGAACAUUCUUUUGGAUAGUGUUAUACAAAAUCAAUUUGAUGCGGAGCAUAUCAGGUUGCUUCAAGACGUUUUUAGCAAGGAUAUAAGUGCUCACCACUAUGGAGGUUAUUUAUUAGCCUCUAAAUUUGGACAAAAAGCAAGAUCACAGACCUAUUUUGAUUCCACGUCAGCUCCUUUACUGAUAUGCUUUGGUGUUAUUGACGAAACAUCUACAAAAAAUAUAAAAGAAUUUUUGGAAGUACCCAUAUUUGCUGAAGUUCUGGAUAAAAUACACCUGAUGCUUAAACCGAAGAACCUUAAUAUUAAAAAUAUAAUCCUGAGGGAUAACACCAAAUCACCUUUCAACACCAUUCUUACUAAUGUUGUGUUACAAUUGUCUAUGUGCGAUACUCUAAGAGCUCUUCAAAUCGCUCCUACAAAAAUCUUUGGCGUUAAUAAAGAUUUAUCUCUGGGUGGUUUGGCAUGUGCCUAUUUUGAUCGUGCUCUAAGUCUGGAAGAAGUUGUCCAGUUGGCCUACGUCAUUGGUUCUUUGAUGAAGGCCGCAAAGAAAAGUAGUAUCGCAGAAUUGUAUGACGUAAUUCAGCAAGACGAACAUUAUGCAAGAGAUUUCGAAGAUAUUUUGGAUAAUAUCAUUACCAAGCCUAUAAUUUUAAGCGAUAAUGUAAUUGUUGAUUCAUAUUCUGCAAAAAUUGAUUACAACUAUAUCAUAAAUUCUUUAAAAUAUGACGAUGUUCCACAAGAAAUUCAGGGUUUUGUCAAAAGUUCAGGUAUUUUAUUUGAAAUUGGAAAUGGUGAUAUAGAUCUUCUAUUAAAGCCUUCUAAAAAGAACUUAUCUGUAAGAAGAGAUUUUGAAAUUCAUCAACCAAAUGGAUUAUACGAGCUCGGUGUUAACCCUCAACUCCAACACUUAUAUCCUAAGGUGCCGUAUCCAGUCAGCAGAGGCACACCUAUGAUUUCUCCGUCCGUAGGCUGGAAUCACGAAAAAAAUUGGUCCGUUCAAACUUUAGAUGAAAAUUCUCAAUUUUUUGAAGAAAAAACAAUUCUAAUUGAUGUCAAAUUGCCUGAGCAUUCUUUCUUGGAAGGACAUGUAGCUGAUGGAAGAAAUAUUUAUCCAGCUAUGGGAUAUUUAUUAUUGGUUUGGGAAGCAUUGGCUGAUUCCUACAGACUUAUGUUGAAAGAUACAAAAGUUGUGUUUGAAAACUGUCGGUUUAUAAGGGCCUGUUCCGUUUCGUCCAUACAUGAUCCAUCUUUGAGAUUAUAUCUGAAUGUGUUGUAUCAUGCCGUGUCCGGCAACUUUGAGAUUAGUGAGGGUAACUCAACCAUUGUAACAGGAAAAAUAAAACUAGCUAAAGGAGAUGAAGCUAAUCUUACGCCACUUCCGUUGCCAGCUGGCGUGUCAAGUACAACUGUACCUUAUAUGUCAAAAAAAGACGUAUACAAAGAAUUAAGACUUCGUGGGUAUAAUUACAGCGGAAAAUUCAAAGCUAUACAAUCUUCUGAUAUUAGUGGUCAGGUAGCAUCAAUUGAAUGGGAUGACAAUUGGGUCACGUUUAUGGAUAAUAUGCUACAAGUAAAACUUCUACAAGAAGAUACACGGUUGCUUUCCGUUCCUACGUUUAUAUCUAGACUAAGUAUUGAUGGGAAAAAGCACACUGAGACGGUAGAAAGUCUAGGAGAAAAUCCCAAUGUGCCAGUUUAUGCCUCUAAACAUGCGGGUGUUAUUCAAUCUGGAGGUAUAGAAAUUCGUGGUGUAAUUGCGAGUUCAAUACCUAAAAGGAAAAAUACGGGAAUUCCUGUACUAGAGAAAUAUAUUUUUCUGCCAAAUGUGACUAAUCUGAAGUUGGAAGAAGCUGUAAGAGUCAAUGUGCAAAUAUUGUUAGAAAAUAUUUCUACUCUUCAAGUAAAAGUUGUGGAACUAAUUGACGAAGCAACGCCUGAAGAAAACAAAACCUUUGGUGACACAGUAUUCGACGUCCUCGCAGAUAAACCGCUAAUUCAACCAAACAUAACCGUUCUUAGUAAAACUGAAUUAGUAGUGAGCAACGUGACAGUGGAAGACAAGAGGCUGCUCACUGAGGUUGAUUGUCAUUUGGUUAUAGCUUCACGGCUCUUGGAAAGACCUAAUAUAUUGACAGUUGCAUUGGGAUCUCUACAUACUUCGGGGUUUAUACUAUCCAGAGAAUCAAUAGACAUAGAUCAUUCUACUUUUGAAAACGAGAAUGUCUCUGUUAUAAGUGUUUAUACAACGGCUAGUGAAAAAUUGAUCUUAAUGAAAAUAAUAUUUGAAUAUAAACCACCCAGGAUACUAGAAAUAUCAGCAUUAGACACUGGAUUUUCCUGGCUCCCAAAAUUACGCAGUCUUUUGGAAAAAGAAGAGGAUAUUCUUAUUUUUACCGAUAAAGAACCACUCAACGGAAUACUUGGAUUGUAUUCUUGUCUUCGCAGAGAACCAGGUGGUCAAAAUAUAAAACUCCUUUUUGUAUUUGAUCCGUCUGCACCAGAUUUUGCUGUAAACUUACCCUUUUACGAAUCUCAAUUAAGAAAACAAUUGUAUAUAAAUAUCUACAAGAACGACCAAUGGGGAACUUACAGACAUAUGCUUUGUGAUAAAAGCAAUGCAAUCGAGGCUGAGCAUUGUUAUUUAAAUUCGUUAGUAAGAGGCGAUUUGGGUUCGUUGAAAUGGAUAGAAGGUCCAAUUUUAUCAAAUAAUGUGAGAUUAGAAACCCCUGCUGAAGAAAUUGUGGCAGUAUACUAUGCUUCGUUAAACUUCAGAGAUAUUAUGAAUGCUACAGGAAAAAUAAAUGUGGAUACAAUUACUGGAGAUCGAAGGAAACAAAAAUGUGCUUUAGGCUUUGAGUUUAGUGGCCGUUUAGCAAGUGGAAAGCGAGUCAUGGGCAUGGUAUCCAACGGAGCUUGUGGCUCGUAUUGCAAAGGCGACAAGAAUCUUAUGUGGGAGGUUCCAGAAAAGUGGUCUUUAAGAGAUGCUGCUACCGUUCCUGUAACCUAUGCCACAGUUAUAUAUGCAUUAGUAUUGAAAGCGAAGAUUAAGCCAGGAGAUUCUAUUCUAAUUCACUCUGGUACUGGUGGUGUUGGCCAAGCUGCUAUACAAGUAGCCCUUGUUAAUAGUUGUACAGUCUAUACUACAGUUGGCAAUGAAGAAAAGCGAGACUUUAUAAAGAAAAGAUUUCCACAAAUAAAUGACAAUCAUAUAUUCAAUUCAAGAGACACAAGUUUUGAAAAGAAAGUAAUGAAAGCUACAGAAGGUAGAGGAGUGGAUGUUGUUUUGAACUCGUUAGCUGAAGAAAAACUUCUAGCCUCAGUUCGAUGUUUGGCAAAAGGCGGACACUUUUUGGAAAUAGGAAAAUUUGAUAUGGACAAUAAUAAUCCUUUGAGACUGAUACUUCUCGAGAAAUCAGCUAGUUUUCACGGUGUAAUGCUAGAUAUGUUUAUGAAUCUCGACUGCUACUUCCGUCGAGAAUUAGUAGCUGUAAUGAAAAAAUAUUUGAGUGAUGAUCUAAUUAUACCACUCAAUUCAACUAUCUUUCAAAUGGACCAGGCUGAAGAAGCAUUUAGAUUCAUGACCUCUGGAAAGCAUACAGGCAAAGUAAUGAUAGAAAUCCGGAAGGAAGAAAAGAUAAAUAUUGCUCACAAUGCUACGCCUGUUCUGUAUCCAUGUAUACCGAGAUAUUACUGUGAUGGCACGAAGACUUACAUAAUCUGUGGAGGACUGGGAGGAUUUGGAUUAGAACUAGCUGACUGGCUAGUACUAAGAGGAUGUAGAAACCUAGUUUUAACGUCAAGAACCGGAAUCAAAACUGGUUACCAAGCAUACAGAAUAUCAAUAUGAAGAUCGUACGGUUGUACCGUUUCCAUUUUUACUGAUGAUAUAACCACAGAAAGCGGCUGUGAGAGUUUAAUCAAGAAAGCCAUUUAUCUUGGACCUGUGCAUGGUAUAUUUAAUUUAGCUGUUGUGGUCCAAGAUGCCAUUUUUGCAAACCAAACCGAGGAUAUGUUUAAAAUAAGUUUUGGUCCUAAAGCCAGAGCUGCUGAACAUUUGGACCUAGUAACGAGAAUGCUUUGUCCAAACCUGAGAGAUUUCGUUAUGUUCUCUUCAUAUUAUGUCUCUUCAGUUUUCUGUGGAAGAGGAAACGCUGGACAAACAAAUUACGGCAUGGCAAAUUCCAUUAUGGAAAGGAUCUGCGAAAAAAGAAAGACUGAAGGUUUACCAGGAUUAGCCAUACAGUGGGGAGCCAUUGGAGAAGUGGGAUUAGUAGCUGAUAUGCAUGACGAAUCUAUCGAUAUAGAAAUAGGAGGCACAGUACAACAGAAAAUUGCUAGUUGCUUAGAAGUAAUGGACAUUUUCCUAAGACAACACGAAUCUGCUGUAGUUUGCAGUACAGUUGUAGCAGAAAAAAGAUUGGAGCUGGUGUCUGAUGAUAUGGUUGGUGCUGUAGCUAGUGUUUUGGGCAUCAAAGAUAUAAAAACCAUUUCGAUGCAAGCUACAUUAGCGGAACUUGGUAUGGAUUCGAUGAUGACUGUGGAAAUUGGACAAACGUUAGAAAGGAAAUUUGAGGUGUUUCUGACGCUACAGGAUAUUAAAUCCAUGACUUUCACGCGGCUCCAUGAGAUACAAGACGAGAGAGAAUCGUCUUCGAGUUUAAGUGUAAAGAAAGAGCGAGCUCUGACAGAUUAUGAAAUGAUUCUUAGUCGUCUCACCGAUCAGAAUAAAAUUGAUAUACCAAUAAUGUCUCUUGAGGGUAAAGCAUCGAACAAAUCAAUUUCAGACAGCGUCAUUCUAAUUCCUGGAAUAGCAGGAAUCAUAGGAGAACUAGAACCACUUUAUAAACAAUUAGAAGGCGAAUUGUAUGGCGUGCAGUUUUGCAAUAAAAACGAAAAGGACACUAUUGAAGAUAUAGCUUUAACAUACCUUGAGAUAGUCGAAGAAAAACUUAGUAAGUCAGUACCCUUCAAAAUUGUCUCUUAUUCCUUUGGUGGGUUAGUUGCUUUGCAGAUAGCACAUGAGCUGGAGAAAAGAGGACAUCAAGGUACUGUCGUAUGUAUAGAUUCAUCGCAAGAUUAUUUCCAUGCAUUGGCAAAUUCGUUGGGAGCCGAGUGUGAUGAUAAGAUUCAAGUCAACUUAAUAUCUUACAUAAUGGCAAUAUGUCUUCCAGUAGAUGUCGUUACAAAGAAUUUUAAUCAAUUAUUAAAUUGCAAAAGUAUUGAGGAACGUUGGGCUCUGGCCGAAAAUAUUGCAGCACCCGUAAUCAUUCCUUUAGGUAAAGAAUUUAUCGUAAGUCUCUAUAAGAGACUGAAAGCGAUAGUUUCCUGGACACCGGCUUUUAAGCUUGAUUCAAAAAUUAUCUUGUGCAAAGCCAAAUUAUCCAGUGUAAAGAUGAAAAAUAACGACUAUGGACUUGAGAAAAUUUCCCAAUAUCCGGUUAUUGUGAAGGAAUUCGAUGGAAAUCAUGUCUCCAUGCUGGAAAAUCAAGAUUUGGCCAAUGAGAUUAACGAAGCAUGUUGGAAUGACACGUCUACUAAAGACAAAUAG